AUGGCUUUAUCUAAACCUCUUAAUUUAGUUAAAAGCUCAGAUGCUUGCAAGCAUAUGUAAUUUCAACAUAGAGAAAGCGUUCAAUUUGGACUACCUUCAUGCGUGGAAACAGAGAAAUCAUCUGUAGUUGAAAUCAUUAAUAAACAGCUCUAUACAGAAAAUCAUUUAGCUCCUUAUCCUUAUGGCCCACUAGACAUUCACUUAGGAACUUCAGAAAAGUCUCAAAUUUGUGAAACAUGCAAACAAAAACUCAUAUUUUGCCCUGGACAUUGUGGAUACAUAAAAUUGCAUCUUCCUAUUUUUCACAUCGGAUACUUUCGGCAUACCCUUACGAUCUUACAAAUAAUUUGCAAAAAAUGUUCCAGACUGCUUGUGCCUUCUGAAGAUUUUUUACAAAAAUGACUCAUAGUUGCAAGAACUCGAAAAAUGGAUAUAAUUCAAAGGGAAAAUGUAUUUAAAAGUAUUAUUAAAGCGUGCAAAAAACAAAAGCUUUGCUUAUAUUGUAGUGAAAUCAAUGGAAAUGUAAAGAAAAAUGGUCUGAAAAUUAUCCAUGAGAAGUACGGGGACGAGACGCAGUAUAUAAUUGAUGAUUUAAGCUAUAUGAUAUCUAAGCAUAAAGAAAUAAAAGAUCAAAUAGCCAGCAAGGUGACCUUCGAAAUCAACGCAGUUGAAGCUUUGGAAUUAUUCCAAAAAAUCCAUCCAGAUGAUGUAAAUCUUCUUGGUAUGAAUUCUGAAGUUUCUCAUCCGAAAGAUUUGAUAAUCACACACAUAUUAGUUCCGCCUGUAUGCAUUAGGCCUUCUGUACAGGUUUCUCAAGGAGUUACUAAUGAAGACGAUUUAACAGUGAAGCUUCAAGAAAUCAUCAAUUUAAAUUCACUUAUAAAAAGCACACUGGAUGAAGGAAAACCCUUAAAUAAGGUAUGCACUGCUUAGCUAUAUAAUAAAAAUUGAGAAUACUUGAGAACUAAUCAAAAAUAAAAUAUGCUUAAUUGAUUAUAUUCAGAUACUGGCUUUAAUUCAAUAUAGCACAGCAUAAUAGAAGAAUGGGAAUAUUUGCAAGCCAUUUUUGCACAAUAUAUAAACAGUGAAGCGUCGGGCUUACCUCCAUCUAUUACUAUGGGAAAACCUAUUAGAGCUCUCUGUCAAAGACUGAAAGGAAAACAUGGUAGAUUCAGAGGAAAUUUGUCAGGUAAAAGAGUGGAUUUUUCAGGAAGAACUGUCAUUUCUCCAGAUCCAAAUUUGAGCAUAGAAGAGGUUGCAGUCCCAGAGCUGAUGGCAAAAGUUUUGACUUUUCCUGAAAAAGUUCUUCCAUAUAACAUUGAAUAUUUAAGAAAACUGAUUAUGAGAGGCCCAUUUUUACACCCAGGUGCCAAUAGUGUUCAACUUGGCUCCAUGCCAUUUGAUCGGAAUGCUUUGAUAGUGUGAUAUUUCUCUCAAAAAUAGGAAUUUGGAUUAAAUAUUUUAAGAGGGAAAAAUAGGCCAAAUAUCCAGGGUUUUUUAAAUGUUUUGAUCAAAAAGCAUGCCCCGUUUCAUUUAUGCGUAACAAUGAAAAAAUCUUACUCCAGUAUGGCAAGAAAAACGAAUUAGCUGCAGCACUUCAAAUUGGAGACAUUGUAGAAAGGCAUUUAGCAACUGGAGAUUAUGUGCUAUUUAAUAGGCAGCCAUCACUUCAUAGAAUUUCUAUUAUGGCACAUAGAGUAAAAGUAAUGAAAAAUAGAACUCUAAGGUUCAAUGAAUGUGUAUAACCCGAUCCUAAUAUUUGAUUGGUCUGUACCAACUAUUCAGAGAUCAUUUGGGGCUUGGUAAAUCGACAUUUGCUGAUAAUCCAAAGCCUCAGAUGAAAAUUUACAUUUGUUACUGGAAAUUUGCCACUUAAGGGGUUGGCUUUACCAACAAAUGCUUUUUUACCAAAUUUCCGAAUAAUCUCGGGAGAAUUAGUGUAGACCAAUCUAAAACAAGGAUCGGGUAUAUGCACACCUUAUAAUGCAGAUUUUGAUGGUGAUGAAAUGAACAUUCAUCUACCCCAAACAUAUGAAGCUCAAGCUGAAAUAAAAGAAUUGAUGAAUGUUAGUGGAAAUAUUCUGACACCUAAAAGUGGCGAGCCUAUAAUAGCUCCAACACAAGAUUUCUUAACUUGCGCCUUUUUGUUGACCCAAAAAAAUGUAUUUUAUGAUAGGUCUACAUUCUUUAAAUAUAUUUCGUAUUUUUCUGAUGCAAGCCAAAGAAUCGAUAUUCCUAAGCCUACAAUAUGGAAACCGAGAGAGCUUUGGACAGGCAAGCAGCUAUUUUCAGUCUUGCUAAAGCCUAACAAAUCAGGAAAACUCAUCAAUCUAGAAGUAAAAGAAAAAAAUUACUCCUCUGGCGGAUGCAUGUGUCCUAAGGAUGGCUGGGUCGUUAUAAGAAAUUCUGACCUUCUAUGUGGAAAUAUUUGCAAAACAACUAUUGGCUCUGGCUCAAAAGGAGGAGUCGUUUUCACAUUAGUAAGGGAAUAUUCUCCAACUGAAGCAGCAAAGUUUAUGAGACGAAUGGCAAAAUUAAGCUCACGAUGAACCAUGGAACGAGGCAUUACGUUUGGAAUUUCUGAUGUAACGCCAUCAAAUGAGCUUUUAUCAGCUAAAAAGAGCAUAAUUCAAGCUGGAGUUGAAGAAUGCAAUCACCAAAUUGAGCUAUGGAAAAUAGGCAAGCUACAAUUAAAGCCUGGCUGCAAUGCUGAGCAGACGCUUGAAAGUGUAUCAAACGGAAAAUUGUCACAAAUUAGAGACAAACUAGGAGAAAUCCUGAAAAAUGGGCUGAAUAUUUUUAAUUACCCAUAUGUGAUGGCUAUUAGUGGCUCAAAAGGCUCCAAUAUUAACCUUUCACAAAUGAUAGCUUGUGUAGGACAGCAGACUGUGUCUGGACACAGAAUUCCUGAUGGGUUUUGGGGAAGAACCCUGCCUCAUUUUAGUAAAGGAGAUAGAUCACCUGAAGCUAAAGGUUUUGUCUCAAAUUCGUUUUAUUCAGGGAUGACACCAAGUGAAUUUUAUUUUCAUACCAUGGGAGGUAGAGAAGGGCUUAUUGAUACAGCUGUAAAGACUGCUGAAACUGGAUAUAUGCAAAGAAGACUUAUGAAGAGCUUAGAAGACAUGUCAAUUAAAUACGAUUAUAGUGUAAGAACUUCCACCAAUGAAGUCGCUCAAUUUCUAUACGGAGAUGAUGGGCUAGAGCCUAUGAAGAUGGAAAAUGAUGAAAAGCCUAUAAAUUUUUCAAGGUACUAUGAGCACAUAAAAGCGACUAUAAAAAGAGAAAAAAUUUCAUUAACGCCAUAUGAAAUUUUGAAUAUAUCAAAUCAUGAAAUUAAGAAAAGGAGAGAAUUAAAGAUAGAAGGACAAGAAGGAUUUUUGAAUGAUAUCACAAUUUUCUUGGAAGAUACAGCGAAAAAGAUUGCUGACACAAGACAAUUAGUAGGUCUUAAGAGAUGUGAUACACAAGACCAAGAAAGAAAUGUAGAAGAUAAUACAGAAAAAUCUAUAUCAAACUUAAUUAAUUUAUCAGAAUUCCAGCUGAAAACUUUUAUAGCAAGAUGCUGGGAGAAGUACUCAAAAGCGCAAAUAACCCCAGGAGAAGCAGUAGGUGCUGUAGCAGCUCAGUCGAUAGGAGAGCCAGGCACCCAAAUGACAUUGAAAACUUUUCACUUUGCUGGUGUGGCAUCUAUGAAUAUCACUUUAGGUGUUCCUCGUAUAAAAGAAAUUAUUAACGCUGUAAAAGAAAUCAGCACACCAAUCAUAUCAGUGAAGCUUCUCACUCUCUGCAUAAGUGAGGGAAAAAAAUUUGCUCAUUCACGAGAGUUUUUCUAAAGGAAAAACUAAUUUAAUAUAUAUAAUUUAAGUUUUAGAAUGCAACAUGCUUAAAAUUAAAUUGAAUAAGCUUGAGAUUUCAUUUUAAUAAUUAUCACUUAUAUAUCAAAAAUAUUUUUGCUCACACACAGAUUGUGUUUAUUUUUUUAACAAAGAAGCAAUGGCUUUGCUCGGAAGUGGGGGUUAGAGAAAACAACAACGUUGUAUCAGCAAGGAUAGUCAAAGGAAAGCUAGAAAAAACUUUACUAGGAGAUAUAGCAUUAUACAUCAAAGAAGUCUUCACGCCUCGAGGCUGCUAUUUAAGCAUAAAAAUCGACACAAAAACAACAGACUCUUUACGCCUUGAAAUUGACGCAGAAAAAGUAAAGCAGGCCAUUUUGCAUCAUGGAAGGCUCAAGCUUAAAGACAAGCACAUCAUAGUAAUGAGAUCAGACAAAUUGCGUGUAAACUCAUACGAGACUACCCGUGAUAAAAUGUAUUUUUCUUUACAAGAAUUAAAAACCAAGCUUCCUCAUGUAAUGAUUAGUGGAAUCCCCACAAUUCAAAGGGCCGUCAUCAGUGCUGAUGAAGAAAACAAGAAUUUUAAUUUGAUCAUUGAAGGGUAUGGCUUGUAUGAGGUGAUGCAAACACAAGGGGUUGAUUUCAGGAAAUGCAAAACCAACCAUGUAAUGGAAAGCGAAGAAAUUUUGGGUAUUGAAGCUGCUAGAAAUACGAUUAUUGGAGAGAUUAAAUAUACCCUAAAAGAGCAUGGAAUUUAUGUAGACCCUCGGCAUAUUGCAUUAGUAGCUGAUGUUAUGACAUUUAAAGGACAAGUACUCGGGAUUACAAGAUUUGGGGUUUCUAAAAUGAGGGAUUCUACACUUAUGCUUGCAUCAUUUGAAAAAACUGCAGACCAUCUAUUUGAUGCAGCCUAUAGAGGAAGCUUAGAUCCUAUACAAGGAGUAUCUGAAAGAAUUAUCAUGGGAAAGCCUGUGUCUUUGGGGACAGGAAUAUGUGAUCUAAUUUAUAAGCCAGAAAACCCCAUUUCAAGGAUUCCAAGAAAAAGAAAGCCGCUAAUUUUAGGGUAA